AGAAUAAUACCUUUCUUCUGGAUUUUGUGGUGUUUUAAUUAAUAAUAUCGAUGGCAAUUGUUCGAUUUCUCUAAUCAAUCUGUAUAAUUGACAUAGUAUUGUUCUCCAUGACCGCUUCUAAUUUGUGAUCUCAACUAACUUGGAAUGAAUUCUUGAAUCUUUUGAUGAAACUUUUUGGUUUGGGACAUUACCAAUUUAUGGAUUGUUUUCUCAAUUAUUUUUUUUGCCUCUAUAAGAAAUUUGCCAUAACUAUUUAGCAUUGUUUUUUGUUGUUUUCUUUAAUAUAAAUAUUAUUUGGUACAGAAGUCUGAUUAAAUCAAAUAUUAAUAUUAUAGAAAAGGUUAAUCAGGCGAUAACUAACCAUGACCAAACAGAUGUUUCUAUAAUUUCCAGUUAUAAUACAGUUAAAGCAAAAACACUCAAAAUGAAAAUCUUCUUUAUGAGUGAUAUAUCAAUUAGAGUUUGGUGAAAAUGUUCAUUUCAACCAAAUUAAUCUUACGUAAAACAGUGAUAUUUAUAUCUAAUGACUGCUGGACCUAAAUCAAUCAUUAGAGGCUUCUUUAUUUGCUUGCUUACACAUUUAAGUUGAGUUAAAUAUUUGGAUGGACUAAUUAAAUUGGCCAAAGUAACUAAUUGUUCAGUGUUUGUCCACUCAAAGUAAUCAAAAGAUAGACCAACCCCAUGCACGUCACUGGUGACGUCACUGGUGAAGUACAGAGAAUCUGAAACAGAGGAAAAGAUGAUACGUGUGUUGUACCCUUACUACCAAAUUUCGUAUUCAUAAAAAUAUCUAGAUACAAAUCCUUUCACAUUUAUUUAUCUGUAAAACGUACAAAUAAUAUAUGAUCAAACAACCAUGGGAACAGAGAGUUAUCAAUCGAAGAAUGUAUGCGUUAUUGGAGCUGGGCCAUCUGGGCUAGUGGCUGCUAGAGAGCUUCAGAAGGAAGGUCACGAUGUGGUGGUUCUAGAACAGAAACAUGAUGUUGGAGGACAGUGGCUAUAUGAACCUAAUGUUGAAGGCGAAGAUCCACUAGGAAAAUGCACUACCUUGAAAGUUCAUAGUAGUGUAUAUAAUUCAUUGAGGAUCAAUUUAGCUCGGGAGACUAUGGGGUUCACUGAUUUUCCAUUUUUUGUGAAGGAAGGAAGAGAUGCGAGGAGAUUUCCGGGGCACAGGGAACUAUUGUUGUAUUUGCAAGAUUUUUGUGAAUGCUUUGGGUUGAGAGAGAUGAUCAGGUUUUACACUAGGGUGGAAAAUGUAAAAUUUUUUGAAUCUACUGAUCCGUUUUCUGAAGAUUUAAGAUGGGUGGUUAGAAGCAUAGAUUAUAAGAAUGAGAAAGUGGUUGAAGAGGUGUUUGAUGCUGUGGUUGUUGCUACUGGCCAUUAUUCCCACCUUAGACUGCCUACUAUUCAAGGAAAGGAUGGCUGGAGAAAAAAACAUCUGCAUAGUCACAUAUAUAGAGUUCCAGAGCCAUUUCGGAACGAGGUUGUGGUGGUGGUUGGAAUUGCUAACAGUGGACAAGAUAUCGCAAUGGAGCUUGUUGAAGUAGCAAAGGAGGUCCAUUUGAGUGCCAAGUCUGUUGAUAUCUGUGAAGGUUUAUCUAAGGUUAUCUCGAAACAUGAUAACUUAUACCUUCAUCUAGAGAUAGACUCUCUGCAUGAAGAUGGCCGUGUGGUGUUCGUAGACGGUUCUUGCAUAGCUGCCGAUACUAUCAUAUACUGCACUGGGUAUACAUGUUCGUUCCCAUUCCUUGACAUCGGAGGAAUAGUAGCAGUUGAUGAUGGAAGAGUUGGGCCAUUAUAUGAGCACACUUUCCCUCCAUUACUUGCUCCUUCUCUCUCCUUUGUGGGGAUUCCUAAAAAGGUUAUAGCAUUUCCAUUCUUCGAGUGGCAAGCAAAAUGGAUAGCUCAGCUGCUCUCUGGGAAAAAAAGUUUGCCAUCACGGGCUGAUAUGAUGCGGUCCGUUGAGGAGUUUUACGAAUUAAAGGAUCAUGCUGGUGUUCCAAAACGUAACACCCAUGAUAUUGGCAAUUUCGAGUACUGUGAAAAAUAUGCUGAUCUUGUCGGAGUGCCACACUUGGAAGAGUGGAGAAAAGAACUUUGUAUGGCUGCUAUUAAAAAAUCAGAAGUCGACUUGGAAACGUAUCGUGAGUACUCGUAUGAUCGCGAAUUGCUUCAAGUGCCUCACCAUUAUUUAAGUCCUAAGCCUUUAUAGUUGAUAUAUUUUAUUUUGUACUACAAUGUAUGGAUUAUGGAAGGAGUAUUCAUGAAACCAAAUGUUUGGAAAACUAUGGUUCCAAAAGACUUGAAACUAUCCCUUUUCUGGGAGUUGAAAAUAAAAUUUUAGUGUUCCUCAAAGCGCGUAUAUUUUAUUGCUAAUUGCCGUUGCCUGGGGAGUUUUGAGUUUAUAGUAACCUACAUGUACAAUUACACACUUGAAUAUGAUUGUUUCUAACUCUACUAUCUGUUCGUCAAUAAAAGUAGCAGCAGCAGCAGAUAUUGGAGCCUCGCAAUGAUCAUUGAAGGUCUCUUCAACUCUAAUCCACAUAGUUUUUGGUUCAUGUUUUCUCAGUUUUAUAUAUACCAUAAUAUCUACAAAAUUUUAAAAAUAGUUAUUUACUUGAGAUACUAUACCACCACUCAAAUUUAUGAGUCAAUAGGUCAAUAGCUAUACAUAAACUUAAUUCAGAUGCACAUAGUUUAUCUUGAUUUUGUGCUGUUGCAAUAUCAAAAUAUCGGUAUGUAGAUUCUGACUAGAUUGUACAGAAUGUUAUAAGUAUCUUUUUAUAUAUAUAAUCUUUGUGCAUUGAUUGCUUAUAUGUUACAAUUUUAUCUUAUUAUCCAAGUAGUUUGUCAUCUGGACUAAGAGCACUCUUAUUUUUGGAUUUCCAUCUGAUUAAUGAUACAGUGCAAACAACUUCAUGAGUUUUCAUUCUCAUUUUCGUGAUCUAACAUCAGUAAAUUUUAUAUCGACUUUCCCUUUAUGCUCAUCUGAAACUUUAUCAGUAGGUUCUGGGGGAAUAAGUAGAAGUUAUAUAGGUUUCUUUCGAACAUUUUUAUGUCCUUUAUUCAACUUGAGCAUUUCUGUGUAUUAUCAUUUUUUAGUACUAGAUUGUGUAAACAAAUUGUAUCAUUGUAUGUACUAUUUUUUUCAAUAUAUUAUUGUUGACAUGUUGAACAGCUAAAUCAGUAGUAUCUUCUGAGUUUCCUUUAUGUGGUAUCAAUUGCAAUUUAAGAAUAGAGGGAGCACAAAUGCUUUUAUAUUUUCCAAGCAAACCAAUUAUCACCUUGAAGUUAAUGCUGACAAUUUUGAAGGGGCUCUGGACAGGUGAAUUCUAUUCCCAUAUCUUUGUAAUUGUUCUUAAUUCUUUGAAAAGGUAUGCUGGUUCAUUCACUCUUAGAUUGCACAGUUCUUUCAUAAACCACUGAUGUCCAAUUUUACUCGGAUUUUGGGACUUGAGGAAUGUUACUGAUGAGGUACACAUGGCCAUGUCUGGGUUGUGAAAUGCCCUUCUACAUUUACAUGUAUAUAUAUAUGAUAAUAGCAUCUGUCGACUAAUAGAUCUUUUUCUUGGACAUGUAGCAGCCAGUAGAUAUUACUACCUGUAUUGCAUACAUGUUCCACAGAUAAAUAAUUAGUAUGCAGCUUGAACAAUAGUUCCAUGUUUAUCAUUAAACUGUGUUGUUAUUGCAUACACUCUGCACUAACUACAUGUAAUCCUGUCAGGUUAAGGCUACUAAAUAUUUGUAUUACUGUUGAUCAAUUAAUAGCCUUCUAAGAUAAACGAUACGCUAAUAUAACUAUCUUGGAUAACAUGUUUAUUCAGGUUUCUUUUCCAAUUUUAUAUUAGCUCUAUCAAAUGCAAUGAAAUUGCAUUUGUGAAAUUGUAUAUAAUUGUCAUUUGAAACACAAAAGCAUAUUUGACAUCGAUAUGCGUUCACAUUGUAUGGUUUUGAUUUGACUUUUUUUCUAUUUCUCCUAAUUCUGACAUUGGAGUUGUUCACGGAGCUCUCAGCCACAUGCAAGGUAGACUUCCUCUAUCAGCACAAUAUUAUUAUGUGUUAACUUUGCAUAUACUAGGCAGAUAAUAUGUAUUUUACCAGGAUUUUUCCAUUUUGCAUCACACAAUUUUUGGUCUUUUUUCCAUUAUUCCUCACUCUCCUUUGUAUUUUGUAGCCUUGAGUUCUUUCCAGUUCCUGUAACUUAAAGAAAGAAAGUAUUGUGAAGCUCCAAGUACAUGCACAGAUUUGUGGAGCUAUAAUUGAAGUGUAUUACUCAACUUUUGCCUUUGGACUUCUGCCUGACUAUUUGCUCAAUAAUUUUAGUAGCAUCCUCUGGAAAAUUGGCUGACUGGGUCAUCUUUGCCUUCAACUUUCAGCCUGGCCAAAGUUCAGUUAAGAUUAAAUGAGCUCUCCACUAACUGUAAGGUGUGUUUUCAGCAGUUAAAGCUUUAUCUUUUUAUGCAUAAUUAUGUGUUCAGUCUUCUCCUUUUCUAUUUUUAUUCACAUGUGUUCACUAAUAAAAUUUUAAAUCUUUUGUGAGUAAUAUGAUUAAUAUAUUCA